AUGUCCAAGUCGAAUGUCCGCGCGCAGAGCGAGCAGCUCUUCAUCCUGCAGGUGCAAGGAGACAAGUACGCCCGACUGCUGGUGGAGCAGAAGCACCGACUCCGACAACUGGAUGAUCACUGGAAAAAGGUCCACGAGGAGCUCAAGGAGCUGCGACUGAAGCGAGGCGAGUGCGACCAACGCGGUGGCGGCGCCAACGCCGUGCGCGCUCGCAUGGCCGACGAGCAGCGCGAGCUCAUGAAGCUCGAGAACCGACUGUCGGCCUGCCGGACCCGAGAGAGCAAAAUGGUCGCGUACAACGCCGAGCUGCGCCACCGAGUGGACGAGCUGCGAGCCAACCGGGUGCUGAGCCAAACCGUGUUCGAGAAGAACCAGCGGCGACUGCGCGAGAUCCAGAAGCAGAUGCAGGAGACCUUCCGCCAGUCGACCCAGAUCGUGGCCGAGCGCGACCGCAUCCUGUCCCAAGCCAACUCGUUGUCGGGCCAGAACAUGGAUGAGCAGGAGGCGUUUGAUCAAGUGUACCAGAGCCUCGCGUCGAUCAUCAAGCGCGAGAAGGAGAGCGCCGAGACGUAUAGGAAGCAGAUUCUGGAGCAAGAUCCGCUCGACUUGGCCGAAGAUUUCGUUCGUGGCAACUUGAAGCUGGAGGACGAGCAGCAGCUCAAGAAGACGCUACAGAAGCUAGACACGACGAUGCUGGAAGAUAAGCAGAACGUCGCGUCUAUCAAUGAAAAGCUGCAAGAGUUCGAGACGACGUUCGCGGCGCUGCAGCAGGAGAUGGGAGUGGACGACUACCACGAACUGGUUGAGGUGUAUUCGAGGAAGGAGGAGGAGAACUUCGCCCUCUUCCGAUACGUCCAAAGUACCAACAACGAAGUGGAGCAGCUCGAAGACGAGAAGUUGGCGCUUGAAAGGGAGAUUCAGAAAUUGAAGAGCGACAUGCUCGACGGCAGUGCUAAUGCACGAAAGCGGAUGGUCGACGCCCUCGUAGAAACUCGCCAAAAGAUUUUCAAGGAGAACGCGGAGAUCGAGCGACUCCGAGCUGCAGCCGCUCGAGAAUUUCAGCCGCUGGCACGCGUCGUCGACCGACUGUACAACGCGCUCGGCUGCAACGACGUCAUGCCGCCUGUCGUGGGCGCCUCCGCGUCUUCCAGUGGUGGCGAUUCCAAGCGCACUCGAAAGCAGUCGGAAGACCAACUCGCGAUGGUGGUAAGCUAG